CAAGACCUCCUCACAGCUGUUGAUAGCUGUCCAAUCUUUCCCCAUGUGACCCCACUGCAUGCCUCCUCUCCCCUCUCCAAUUGAUGAGAGAGAGAGAGAAAGGACAUUUUCAAGAUUGUUAAGAAUUUUCCUUAUAAUAUUGUCAGUGGCAGCCAUGAGAUCAAAAGAAAGAAAGAUUGCCCUUUUAAUGAUGAUGAUGUUCUUCUUCUUCUUCUUGAUGUUCUUGUGUCUUUCUUCCCUCCCUCUGAUCCUUACACUCUCUCCAACAGUACAUUAUCAAUCCAUUUUCUGAUAUUUACAUAAACAUAUGUUAUAUAUAAUGGUUUUGUAAGAGAUUGUUUUAUAAAUUUCUCUUCUUGAUUUCCUUGAAUUAUAUCCUUUUUUUGUGUCAUUUGGGAUUUGCAUUAUUGUUGUUACAUUAUAGCAUUUGGUAAUGGCACAAUUACCUCCAAAAAUACCAAACGUGACACCAAGUUGGCCCGAUUUUUCUCAUAAACAAUUACCAAUAAUUGGCAUUAUGGAGACAUCACCACCCCGUGAUGCUAAUAUCAUCACCGCCAUUGUUACAAACCCUUCGUGGGUUGACGAAUUUCUCGGCUUCUCGUCGACGAGACGUGGGACACAUAGGAGGUCGGUGAGUGACUCCAUUGCACUCCGGGAAGAAGCACCAUCGAUGUUAGAGAAAUGUCAUGCCACGGGUGCACCGGGAUUAGGGUCGGGACAUAACAGCAGCUCUGACUUUGACAAGUUUGAUGAUGAACAGCUUAUGUCCAUGUUUAACGAUGAUAUCUCCAAUGCUGUGGCAGCUCCUAAUUCUAGCUCAACACCUUCUUCGCCGUCUGAUCACAACAGCAUUAAUGAUGAGAAAGAAGCUAUAGGAGUGGCGUCUAAGCAUGAGCAGCAGCACAAGGUGAGGAAUGAGAAUGAUGAAGGGCAAAGUCCAUCUGAAUGGGAGACACCGACUACUGUCUCAUCUGCCACCGAUCCUGCUACUACUUCUAAUGAACGGAAAAUCGAUCCCAAGAGAGUUAAGAGAAUCUUGGCAAACAGACAAUCUGCUCAAAGAUCACGGGUGAGAAAGCUGCAGUACAUAUCUGAGCUUGAACGCUGUGUAACAUCAUUGCAAGGUGAAGUUUCAGUGUUGUCACCAAGGGUUGCAUAUCUAGACCAUCGAAGGUUGCUUCUAAAUGUUGACAACAGUGCUCUUAAGCAAAGAAUCGCUGCACUGGCUCAAGAUAAGAUUUUCAAAGAUGCUCAUCAAGAUGCAUUGAAGAGGGAAAUAGAGAGGCUAAGACAAGUGUAUCAUCAACAGAACCUCAAGAUGGAAAAUACUUCACCACCAUCAGCAUCAUCAACCCCAUCAAAUGGCCCCACAACUCAUACUACCGAUAAAGAACAGCAGCUAUUUCAAGUUUAGGUCUAUCCAGUGAUUUUCUCAAGAAAUGGUACAGUGAAAAGUAAAUUCUCUUUAUCAUUGGACAGCAGAAAAAUGGUACAAAGUGACAUAUGAUUUCAUUAUCGUACUAGUCCUUGCAAAAUAACGAAGAAAAUAUUGGAACAUCUUAAGGAUCCAAAAGUUUUUCUCGGUUGCUUAAUUAAGUGGGUUUGGAAUAUUUUGAUGUUUGAGAGCAAAGCUAGCUAGAGCUCGUUACUCACUUGACCAUGCUUGGAAAAUUCACUGGAAAAAAUAAAGCCUCACAGAUGUUGAAGAGCUGGGGCUAAAAUUUUGGUGCUCUCUCUGUGCUGCUGCUUAGCUGUGCAUUCACGUGCAAUGUUCACAUCUUACAGGGCCCACUCAGGAUUACAUGAUUGGAUGGAUAGCGGAGAAAAUCAUGUGCAUCUGUGAUAUGAAAGAGCCCAAAACAAAAGGGAAAAGGAAGCUGCUAAUUUUAUUUUUAAAAAAAAGAAAAAUUAACAUUUUCUUGCUUUAAAUUAGGAGGGGGCCUGCUAUGGCUGGUGAUGAUAAUUCUUUUGCAUACUUAACGGUCAUCCUUAAUGAUUUAUUUAAUGUUGUCUAUUCUUUUUAUAAGUCAUGUCAGGAAGGCAGAAGAUGAUGGUUUAAGGGUAUGUAAGGAAGGGUGGCUGUCAGGGAAGUGGUGUUUUGGAUACUUGAUGUCAGAAUUUCUGUUCUUUUUCUGUAAUAGUUUUUUUUUUGUCUAAUUAUUACUAAAAAACAGGAGGAAAAAAAAACAGAUUUGCAUAUUUAUUUCCAAUUGUACAUAGUAUAAAAUUUGGGUUGUGUUGUAUGUUCUUCGAUGGAUGGUUGAUCAUGGAUUUAUUACGAAGUUUACAUCUACUCA